AAAUAGAUAUGUUUAAAUUGCGACAUCGACCAACCACGUGAAUUUCGCAGUCGGUUCAAUAAUUCUCAACAAAUCAGUUAACCUAAAGCGCGCCGUCGAGCCAACAGUGGUUAAGCCAGCCCCUGAGUGGUCGUAACCGUUAAUUAUCAUAACCUUGACAUUGCCAAACUGUAUCACCUGCGUGUUUCCUAACCUUAGAUUCUCUUCAGCGAAAAUUGGAAAUGUUUAGAGUUUAGUCGGUGGUGAUUUUUUUCCCAAAUAAAAGGGAGCAAGUGGCCGUUUGGAGACGCCGGAAUGGACUCGACGAAGAAGUUCGACAAUCCCAGUCCGGAAGAAUCGGCCAGCUGGUUGAACAAACUCUUCUUUUGUUGGGUGCUGCCAUUUUUCAAACUCGGCUACCAAAAGGACUUGCAAGUCAAAGACAUCUACAACACAACCAAAGGCGACUUGUCCCAACCUUUAGGAGACAUUUUAGAAAGAAACUGGAACGAAGAAGUGCUUCGAGCUCAAAAAUCUGGAAAACGUCCCAGCUUAAAACGGGCAAUAUGGAAAACCAUCGGCAAGUCCUACAUGUUCAUCGGCUUCCUAAUAUUCCUCAACACUUUCCUAAUAAAAAUGACCCAGCCAAUUGUCUUGGGCCGUUACAUCAAGUACUUUGAGAAGAGCUCAACUCGUGACGCCACCACGGGAUGGUCGCUCGGAAGUGGCGUGAUAUUGCUGGCCUUUUUGAACAUGGUUGCCAUGCAUUACACUAUCGUCAACUGUUCCAGGGUGGGGAUGAGAGUGCGCAUAGCCUGCUGCUCCUUGAUUUAUCGAAAGUUGCUGCGAUUGAAUCACAUUUCGUCCGGAAAAACUGCUGCUGGCCAAUUGGUCAAUUUACUAUCCAAUGAUGUGGUUCGAUUUGAUUUCGCCCUGGCUUUCCUCCACUACAUCUGGAUAAUGCCCUUGCAAGGAAUAGCCGGCUUGAUUGUUAUGUACAGUUACAUACAAACUGCGGCUUUUCCUACCAUGCUGGUGAUGACCAUUCAGGCAGUUCUGGGACAAGGCUACUUAUCCAGGCUGCAAGGGAAGUUCCGGGGAAAAAUCGCCACACUCACCGACCAAAGAGUGAAGUUAAUGAAUGAAAUCACGUCGGGGAUUCAGGUGAUUAAAAUGUAUGCUUGGGAGAAACCGUUUGAAAAAAUUGUGGAGUUUUCACGCAGAAAAGAAGUCAACAUGAUUGCCCGAAACUCGUACAUCCGAGGCUUUUCUUCGGCUUUGAACAUUUUUGUCGAGCGCGCUACUCUUUACAUCGCUGUUAUUUCCUACGUCCUACUAGGAAACCGGAUAACAGGCGAGGUGGUUUUCUCAGUAGCCCAGCUGCUCAACACCAUACAAUUGUACAUGUCAAUAUUCUUCCCACUGGCGCAUUCCUCGUAUGAGGAAGCCAAAGUGUCGGUGCGAAGAAUCGAGGAGUUUUUAACCAUGGAGGAAAUCCCAGCUCUCACAUAUUCGGACGACGGAGUAGCUGCGGCGGAAAAUACGGGAGGAAUUCGGCUAGUGAAAGCCAGGGCGAGUUGGCUGCCCAAUCCAAUCGCCCAUACUCUAUCGGACAU